UUAUUCGCCCACUGAUUUAAACUUUCCGGACUUCUUUUUUGGAUCCGAGUCGUGCAGGUCCUUAGUUUGGGUGUUGAGUAUUGGUGUUAGCCAAUGCGUUCCUUACUUAAGCCGAUUAUUAAGGAUUUGGUUGGUUCUUGGUUGCUAGAUCCGUGUGAAGGCCUACCUCUUCGGCCUGUUCUUCAGUGUAUGCGUUAGUGGGAUCUUAGCUCGGUGCUGCGGAUUUUCUUUCUUUUGUAUUCUAUGAAACUCAGUCAGGAAGCAAUUGUUGCGUACUUUGGAACAUAUCUUGUUGGGAUUAGCUCAUUAUGAACUUGUUGUCAAUCUGUAUUUGCAGUUUCUUUAUGUUUUUUUAAUCUCUUUAGAAGUAUGUUAGAGUGUGCGCUCCGGUUCAUUGCAUUUUUCGCAUGGGAUUGGCGGCUUAGUUAUGGCAUAUGUGUGGUACGAGUGAAUCAAGAGCCCUUUAGGCUUCGAUGCAGUUUGGGAGUACAUUAGGCAUGUGAUCAUGUUUAGGUGAACUCUUCAAUUAUUUGCUCAGCUAAAACUGGAUCGGUUGGAUAUAAUUGGGAACCUUAUAUGUUUCUUGAUUGCAUAGUAACCAACGAAGGGCCUAGACAAGAAUGCCUGCUGCAGUAGAGAUAUCCAUGCCCUGUUGAAUGAGAUGGCAGAAUUUAUGUCAUUUACUACUCGACAAAGCGAUGUGCGGCUCAUAUACUGCUACUGAUUUAUAUUCAUGAGACGGUAGUGUAUAUCUCCAUUGCAAGUAUAGUGAGCAUUGAAUCUGAUUUUGCUUCCCUUGUAGCACAGUAGACUAGUUAAUGAAGGGGAAGUUUAAGAGCAGAAGAAUAUAGUUAAUGGUUCCUGGAUGAGAAGUGGAAAUGCUACUGGCUGUGGAAGGAGGAGGUUUCUUCUCAUCGUCAGCUUCAGGAUACAGUCAUGGCCUUGCUCUUUUGCUGCUUGGACGGAAAGAAGAAGAGAAGCCUGUCAAGGCAUGGAGUCAGUACCGACUAGUCGAUGGGGAAGCUGAGCAUGUGUAUCAUCUGGCUAACACGAAAAACCAAGCUCCCCGUAAAUGUGCUCCCUUCAUCUGCUUCGGUAGCACUGCUUUGGAGCUCGAAGGGGCGUCUCCUCCGAAAUUGAGUUCAAGCAACACUUUGGACUCUUUGGAAGAGCCAUCCCGUUCAACAAAGAAGAAGGUUACCACUAAUGGUUCCAUAACUGGAGAUGAGAGAAAAGGUUGUCUUAAGAGCAACUCAAAAAGGGAUUCGUCAGAGCAUUGUAUAGUGGUGAGUGAAGAUGAAGAACCACGUGAGUCACUGGAAGAGGUGCAAACCUUGAAAUCUGGUAUAGAACGGAGAAAAGUUCAAUGGACUGAUACAUGUGGAAAGAAGCUUUUUGAGAUAAGGGAAUUCGAAGCCAGCGAUGGAAGUUUGUCAGAUGAUGAACUGGAAAAUGAGGGUUUCAGGAAGUGUGAGUGUGUGAUUCAGUAGAUUUUUCGUCUGCCAUUUGAAACAAUGGAUAGCUGCAGCUUUUCUGCUAGGAUAUGCUUAUGCUGCCAACUUCUCAACAAUCUGGGUGAUACCUGUGGCUUGAAGUUAAACAAGCAAAGGAUGAUCAUAUAUGUCUGCUUUCCUGUUAGCUAGCUUGUACGGUAGGGUUGCAGUUUUGAUGCCCGCUGUAUCAUAUCAAGAUUUGACCCAUUUAUUUAUUUUCGCCUUAUUUUC